GGCCGAACGAGCGCUCGAAUCACCGCCGCCAUUUAAAAUUUUGCACCCGCAACGCCCUCGUACGAGUAUCUCGGAUACCGUCUUGACAGAAUAGCUGAUUAUCCGAGGAUAACGAUAAGAAACGCAACGUGAUGGACGCCGAAAUUAUAGACGAGAACGACCGAUCCAAGGCGGUGAUGCUGUUUGGCCGAGACAUCAGCAAGAUUCCCUGUUUCAAACAAAGCAUGUUGAAUGGCAUCUACAGCGGCUUCGCCACCGGCCUGGUCACCUUCGUGCUCACGAGUCGCAUAAAGCUCUCGACGAACAUGGCCCUGGGAUCCUACAUGGGUGUCUCCGUAGUUUAUUGGUGCUUUUGUCGAUACGAUUAUGUGAUGCAAAAGUACGCUAUGGACGAUGUAAAACACCUUUUACAGAAGAGAUCAAUUAGUACCGAGGAGGAAGUCAAUGAAGCCUUCCAAGAUCAACAGGGAAAGCUAGUCGAUGCUUGAGAUAACUUGUGUAUUUUCUUUCAAAGACUUUUAAAAUUAUUCGUAAAGAAAGCAGAUACAUUGUGCAAUGUUUUAUCGCACAGAACAACACAAUGCAAUGCGUAAUAUAUAGGUAAGAUUAUUGUAUUAUUUAUGAAAUGCAUGUAAAAGGAUGUCUAAAGCUUCUGGCUGAUAAUUUUUUUUUCAACGAACCGUUUACAUAAUAUAUAUAUAAUUUGAUAUUUGUGAGACUGUUAGACUGUGUGAAUCAAAUGUAUAUAUAUAUAUUAUACAGAUAUAUUAGAAAUAAAUAAUUUUAUAUCAA